GUAAAUUUAAACAAAAUGGUUGUUAUUGUCUGAUUUUACCAACUGUAACUGAUAGUUUUUUAAUAAUUUAUAGCAAUAAAGUAUGUUGCAAACAGAAUCAAUUAGUACAUUGAGUGAUCAUGAGGAUGAUAUUGAUGACUUGGAUGGCUCUAUUGUAUGGUCUCAAGAGGAGCCGCUUUCUUCCAACGAGAUAUUGGAAUUAUCUAUACAAGAUCAAACAGAAAAUAACUUGAUUGCUUUCUGCCGAUUGUGCGCUGGUCAGACCAAUAAUCCAGUAUAUAUUUACUCAGAACUCGGAGAAUCCAUGAAGUUGGCGCACAAAAUAAGUACAUGCCUAAGUAUUAAGAUUAGAAAAACAGAUCCAUUACCGAAGCAGCUCUGUUUGACCUGCGUCGAUAAGAUAAAUUGGUGCGACGAAUUCGAUACGCAGUGUAUCAAAGCGGAAGAAACGCUGUUGACGAUGCUACGGGAGAAACAGUCUUUCAACAUCUCUAAUCGCGAGAAACAAAUCUUAUCUGAUCGACAGUCAUGCCCCUUAUGCGCGGAAGGCUACAUGAGCAUUUGUGAGGACACACUUCAAGAUGCGAAAGAUACAGAAUUGUACGAGAGUGAUAUAAUUCUUGAAAGUAGCGACGAAGAAUACAUAUUUAAUGGCGCGAAAGUCGAUAAAGAGAGCGAAAAUCGUGCCGUUCUGUUACAAUUUUUAGGAAACAAGCAGAGAUACUUGAAAUGCGGUGCAUGUAUGAAUCUCUAUCACACCAAGGAGACGUUGGACGGCCACAAGUGUAAGCCCAACGUACAAGGCACGACGAAACCAUACAAAUGUCUCGUAUGUGACGCGACGUUUACCUUCGAGGAACGGCUAAACUUUCAUAUGCAGUUUCAUAAGGGCGCGAAAGCAUUGUACUGUGAACUUUGCAAGAUAACGUUCGGUAAGGAGCUAAAGCUGUUCUACCACUACAAGAGGUAUCACUGCAAGAACAUCAGCGUCUCAUGCCUGCAGUGCGGCAAAUUAUUCGAGAACCAAGAGGCGCUCCGAGUGCACGUGUGCGCCGACGGCAAAACUCGGCCGCAUAUAUGCGAAGUGUGUAACAAAGGCUUCUCCGACGGCUACACUCUGAAACGUCACGUGGUGACGCAUCUGCCGGAGAAGCCUUACAAAUGCUCGCAAUGCUCCAAGAGCUUCACGCAAAAGUCUAGACUAAAUAAGCAUGUCGCCGGCCACUGCGUCGUCAUCGAGAACAGUCAGACGGUAUGGAAAUGCUUGCAGUGCGGUGAGACCUUCGCUUCCUGCGACGAGGCCGACAUUCAUUGCAGAGCGCACGAGAACAGCAUCACCCUGAUCGAGGAACUGCCGACGUCUAAGCUAUACCACUGCGAAUUCUGCAACAGCCACUUCACCGACGUGGACAGCCUCAAGGCCCAUCAGAGCCGCCAUGUCGUUGAAAGACCGUACGCGUGUAACGCAUGCGAUACCACCUAUAAAUCGUUCGCGGAAGCUAUCCUGCACUGGAAGGAACAUCCCAGGCUGUUCAAGGUCCUCGUCGUCUUUCUCUGCGACGUUUGCAACAAGGACAUGAAGGAGCUUGCCUUAUUGUACAAGCACAAACAAAAGAGACACGACCGUAUGUCCAGACUGUCCGAGUCGGGUGACGCCAAGUUCCUCUGCGAGCUUUGCGGGAACGUCUUUGAUAACAGCGAGGAGAUACAGGAUCACGGGCGAGACCAGUGCUCCAAGUUCCCCUGCGACAUUUGCGGUAGCCUGUUGCCUACCGCGAAUUCCCUCAACGCUCACAAGAGGAGGCACAACGGAUUGAGACCGUACGUCUGUAACAUCUGCGGCAAGAGCUACACCCAGUCCAGCCACAUGUGGACUCACAAGAGAUUUCACAUGGGCGUCAAACCCUAUGCAUGCCAAUACUGCGACCAGCGUUUCACGAUCAAGCCGGACCUGGCGGAUCACACCAGGAAAAAGCACACGCGGGAGAGACCGUUCAAAUGCGACGUGUGCCACAAGGCCUUUCUCACUGGCUCUGUUUUCUAUCAGCACAGGCUGAUACACCGCGGUGAUCGCAGGUACAAGUGCCACUACUGCGAGAAGGCCUUCACCAGGACGGAGGCUUUGAACAACCACAUCAAGAUACACACCGGCGAGAAGCCGCACGCGUGUGACGUGUGUGGCAGAUGUUUCAGACAAAAGGGAGACAUGAGGAAGCACAAGCGCACCCAGCACAGCUCGCAGACCAACCAGCAGGAGGAGCAACCGUGACUGCGUUUGAUCAAUCACUCGCUCUCAUUCUUGUGACUGUAUUGACUGCGAUUGACAGUUUUACGUUGACAUUUACAGUAUCUGACUUUCGACAAAUAGUACAAUUGUAACACGCAUGUAUUGUAUAUUAUUGCAGAAUCAAUAUAACAAAUCCUAUUCUGCAAGUAUAGC